GUGAUUUCGCAUCUUGGGUAUCAUUCAUCAUAAAUGCUUACAGCCCCUGCGAGUAAUUACCUGCCACUGUUUUGAUAAGUUGCGUUAAACUGCAUUCGAUAUUGUGGUGUAAAUGCAAAUAUAAAUUGAAAUGUGUGAAAUACUAGCAUUGUGCUAGUUGCAAUUUAUGCUGAGCUAGUCCAGAUAGUUUAAAAUUAUGCUCAACAACUUGUAAAUUGAUAGCCAAUCUGACAAACACAUAGCGGGUUAAAGGUUGCUUGCUUCUUGUUCGCACAUGUGAUGUCCGAGGAGGAUAGCAGGAUGUCUGAGACCUUCCUCAUGGAAGUGUGUGUGGACUCUGUGGAGUCUGCCAUAAAUGCUGAAAGAGGAGGUGCGGGCCGCCUUGAGCUGUGUUCCAGCCUACUGGAGGGAGGAAUAACACCCAGUGUCGGCCUGCUGCAGGUGGUGAAGCAGUAUGUGCGCAUCCCCAUCUACGCCAUGAUCCGGCCCCGCGGGGGAGACUUCCUCUACUCGGACCGGGAGGUGGAGGUGAUGACGAAGGACAUUGAGAUGAUGAAGAACCACGGAGCCGACGGCCUGGUGCUGGGCUGCCUGACCGAGGACGGUCGAGUGGACGCUGAGCUCUGCACAGAGCUGUUGGCUGCCAGUCGGCCUCUGCCAGUUACAUUUCAUCGAGCCUUCGACAUGGUCCGCGAUCCUGUGGUCGCCUUGGAGACGAUCAUCACGCUGGGCUUCGAGCGCGUGCUGACCAGCGGCCUAGACACCUCCGUCCUGGAGGGCCUUCCGCUCAUCAAGAGACUGGUGGAGCAGGCCAAAGGAAGAAUUGUCAUCAUGCCCGGUGGCGGAAUCACAGAGAGGAACCUGCAAAGGAUUCUAGAAGGAUCUGGAGCCCAGGAGUUCCACUGCUCUGCUCGCUCCAGUAAAGAGUCAACCAUGAAAUAUAGGAACUCCAGUGUGAGUAUGGGAGCUGCCUUGUCUGUGCCAGAGUAUUCCCUCAAGGUGGCCGACGUGACCAAAGUCCGCACGCUGAAUGCCAUCGCCAAGAACACGCUGUAGGGGACGCUGACUCCUCACAGUACCGUAUAUACUGUAUUUUGGCUAUGUACUGUAUGUAUGCAUGUACAUUAUGUACAUAGGUCAAUGACGUUUUAGUAGUAGUUCAAGUCUGGGUGGCCACUAUUGUAUGGAUGAAAUGUUUUUUUUUUGGGGGGGGGGUCUAAGAAACAUUUCAUUGCAGUACAUUAAUGACUAAUUACUUAUGAAUGCACUGGCAUUAGCUGUGGUUGUACCACCUGAUGCCUGACCCCCCCCCCACAAAACAUUGACCCACAUACAGUACAUAUCUGGUUUCUGACUGCUGGCCCUAAGAGGUCCAGAGGAGGGACUUGCUAUCCACCCACACACUGGAAGAUGAUGCCUGAGGACUGCUGGGGGAGAAGGCACACCAGUCAAACUUGAAUUGAUAUGAAGAUAACCUAAAAAAUUCUUUUUUUUUUUUUAAAAACGAGCAAUAUUGAAACUGCAAUGUUUACAGGAUGGCUGAAAUCCCAUGCCAUUGCAAAGAGUGAAUAUUGAAGAUGAUUUUGUGUUUGUUUCUUAAUUUUCUUUCCUUUCUUUGUUGUUAUGUGAUCAUGUUCUAGAAGGGGGUGGCCAUAAUGACCAUGUUCUCUCUGCCACAGUUUGUAGAUACAAACCUUGAAAACCUUGCCUGACAGGGUGCUAAUUAAAGCCACAGACAGACGGACGGACAGAAUAUUGUACAGGAUAAUCCGCACCUAGGCUACAGCACUAUGUUUCCCUCAGGAUCCCCAUCUCUGUACCACUGCCAGUCUGUCUAUGUCCUUGUGUCACUAAUAAUGAGAUCACACAAUUGUCCCAGUAGCUUGCCUUACCUCAGCUUUUGAUGCAGUCCAACAGAUGUUUGUUGUUGGUUAGACUUUGACGUUCAUCUCUCUCUCUCUCUCGCUCUCUCUCUCUCUCUCUCGCUCGCUCUCUCUCUCUCUCUCUCUCUCUCUCUCUCUCUCUCUCUCUCUCUCUCUCUCUCUCUCUCUCUCUCUCUGUUGAUGAUUAUGUCAAAUCUAUGAACCCUUUCCAGAUGACUCAGCAAGAUUAUCCUGUCUUAUCGAGUUACCUUUUACUUACUGUAGGAAUCAAACCCUGUGUUUAUGUCCCCUCAAUACAAGAGUGACCUUUUAACAGACUGACUCAUGCUUAGAAAGCCCCGUCUUUUCUCCACAGCACUUCAGUUAUUUUAACGCCCCCCCCCUUAUCCCUACUCAAAAUUGUAUUGCAUUGUGUGACUGUCUGACCUACUUAAAUGAAUUUUCAUUUUCAUUUUAUUUCAUUUUUCAUAGAAAAGAAAGCCUCAAAGUGCUUCGCCAUUUUCAUUUGACUGAAAGAGACAUGAAGCAGCAGGAUAGUGCUGGGUAGGGGAGCAGAUAGGGUAGUGCUUCGCUUGGCUCAUUCAUAUUUAGUCCACGGGCCAGGUGAGAUGUCGGUACCACUCAGAGGGGCAAGGGUUGCUGAUAUUUUGAAAACAUACAUGUCUGAAGUUAACAUUUUUGUAUGAUAACCCUUCU